AAUUUCCCAUCCCAGGAAUGCCACGGAGACCAAAGCCCUGUUCGAGCGGCACAAGCCCACCCAUGUCAUCCACCUGGCUGCCAUGGUUGGGGGCCUCUUCAAAAACAUCCGCUACAACCUAGAUUUUUGGAGGAGAAACGUCCAUAUCAACGACAAUGUCCUGCACUCAGCAUAUGAGACAGGGGUGCAGAAGGUGGUCUCCUGCCUCUCCACCUGCAUCUUUCCAGAUAAAACAACAUACCCCAUCGAUGAGACCAUGAUUCACAACGGGCCACCUCACAGCUCCAACUUUGGCUACUCCUAUGCCAAGAGAAUGAUCGACGUCCAGAAUAGGGGCUACUUCGAGCAGCACGGCUGCCGCUUCACCGCCGUCAUCCCCACCAACGUCUUCGGGCCACACGACAACUUCAACAUCGAGGACGGCCACGUCUUGCCGGGGCUCAUCCACAAGGUCUAUCUGGCCAAACAGACCGGCUCUGCAUUGACUAUCUGGGGCACGGGCAAGCCCAGGAGACAGUUCAUCUACUCCCUGGACCUGGCCCGGCUCUUCCUUUGGGUCCUGCGGGAAUAUGAUGAGGUAGAGCCCAUCAUUUUGUCAGUGGGAGAAGAAGAUGAAGUGUCCAUUAGGGAGGCAGCAGAGGCAAUCGUGGAAGCCAUGGACUUCAGGGGGGAGCUUGUUUUUGACACCACCAAGGCAGAUGGGCAGUUCAAGAAGACAGCCAGCAACGCCAAGCUACGGCUCUACCUGCCCGACUUCCAGUUCACACCCUUCAGGCAAGCCGUGAAGGAGACCUGCGCCUGGUUCAGCACCAACUACGCCGAUGCCAGGAAGUGACGGGCCAGCACGGCCCCAGCAUCAUCCUCUUCAACUCAGGGUUGUCCUUUGCUGGGGCAAAGGACAGGGCUGGGGGGGUGACAGUGACAUUUCCAAAGUAAAAAGGGGACAAGAGCC